AUGACAUUAACAAAACUACCGAAAGAUGGAAAGGUCGCUGUACUAGGAGCUGGUAUCCUGGGUCUUACAUUUACAUAUUUUUUGAGCAAGUUAAGACCAGAUUUACAUUUCACAAUCUAUGAAAAGACUCAACGACCGGGAGGAUGGAUGUUUUCGCCAACAUUGCACGUCAAGGAUACCGGCGAGAAAAUAAUGCUUGAGAAGGGUCCAAGAACACUACGCGGAGUUAAGGAUGGAAGCUUACUUAUGAUUGAUAUCUUGCAGAACUUGGGCCUCAAGAAUCAGGUAGAGGUGAUUAACAAAUCAAGUCCAGCUAACAAAAAAUAUAUUACUGAUAGCCAGGGCGAGAUAGUUCAAGUGCCAAACUCAAUUGCAAGCACAGUCCAGUUUUUAAAACAGGUGAAGGCUUUCGACUGGAAUCUUCUCAGAGGAAUUGUUUUUGAACCUUUUGUCAAGCCCUACAAUGGAGAUGAAACUGUUGAACAAUUUUUUAAGAGAAGGUUUAAAAGUACAAUAAUUACGGACAACGUUGCCAGUGCAAUAAUGCACGGAGUGUAUGCAGGUGAUAUUGGCAAACUUAGUAUCAAGAGUAUUUUGCCUGCAUUGAAAGAGAUUGAACAUGAAUCUGGCUCAAUAGUAAAGCAUGUUUUGCAACAAAUACUUAAACUGAAGACAAAGCCCAAGCCCAAGCUUAAUGGUACAACAAAGGAUGGUGAAAUAGACAGUAAACAAAAAGUACAAAAACUCUCGGAGCUAUUGCAAACCUACGAACAGUUGCUUUCACCGCAUGCUAAUUUACUACUGCUACAGACGCGGCUCAAAGAUUACCCAAUGAUCAAAUUACAUGAUGGUAUGGAUGCUCUUCCCAGACAUUUAGCGCAAUUCCUUAUCCAAAAUACAAAUACCGUGAUUAAGUAUAAUGCACCCAUAGAAUCAUGCGAUCCAGUAUCGGGACUUGUAAAUGGAGAAAAGUUUGAUCAUAUACGAAGCACCAUCAAUACCCAUAGCUUGGCCAACUCCUUACCAGCAAACAACCCAUUGGUCCCACAGCUAAACUCUAUUCAGUAUGUCUCAAUAUUUUUGACAAACUUGUUUACACGGGAGCUGCUCUUGAUACCGCAAGGAAAGCCGGGCUUUGGUUUCUUACGACCACGAUACCGCAAUGUUUCAAACAACCCACAAGCUCUAUUAGGCACGAUUUACGAUUCAGACAUUGAGAAUCAUGUGCAAGGUCUCUUUAACGAUAGUAAACCAGUUCGCAACAAAUAUAACAAGAUUACAAUAAUGAUGGGUGGCCACUAUUACUCGCAUUGGAGCAUCCCUUCGAAUAAGUUGAAUCUCAAAAUUGUUGAAGAUGUUUUAGCUGAAAAGUUGAAGGUUGAUGUUUCGAGGUUGAAUGUUAAAGCUAUUACCAUCAGUGAAGGCAAAAGGGAUACGGAAAUCGAUACAAUCAAGGAUAAUGAUUUGGUAAUAAGCUAUAGUUUACAUUCACAAUGUAUCCCUCAGUACAAUCUUGGCUAUCAAGAGACCAAAGAAAAAGUCCUUGAGAUAUUGAACAAAGAGAAUUAUAAACUUUCAUUUGGAGGUACUGUAUUUGCUGGAGGUCUUGGAGUUCCUGAUUGUGUGGAAAGUUCACUUGUAGACGCAUUGCAAUUGAAAUGA